UAGUCAGCACGCACAACCACCACCGAGUUACGACGACGUACACGACGCCAAAACCGACGCCCGCGAGAUCCUUUUUUAAUCCGGCGGGGCGUCGAAAAACGACCCCUAUCUAGUUGCUCUUUGAGUUAGUAACGAGACCGCAAUGCGCAAAGUUGUGUUCGGAACAACAAGAUUCGGAGCUUUCGGUAGACGGGUUGUGUGAGUUCGUUGUGCUUUUGGAGAAGUGAAUCAGUAUUUCACAUAAAUUGAAAGUAACGAACAAACUGAUUACAGAAAAUUAUUGAGUGAAUUCUGUCAUCGUAAUUGUGUACGUUUCGCGAAUGGAUAAAGACAGGAAUUAUGUGAAUUUUAUAUAAAGAAGGGAAAAUCCGAACUGAGAAUGUUUGUGUUCACAUUUCUUCAUUAGUAGUGAAGAAGACAAUGUAGGAAACUCCCAGCAAGUUCCGUAGUUAUUAAAUAGGAAACAAGCAAACCAUUAUCAAAGCUUCAAAAUGAUCGGAGCAAUGCCAGCAGUGGCGGUCCGCCACGAGCGACAAAAGGGCCAAGAUAAGAGGCACAAACGUCCAAGUCACAUAUACAUAGGGGGGCACUGGGUUAGGCCCAUUAGUCCGAGUGCAACACCCAGCCCAAACGGACCCAAUUAUCAAGAUAAUUUUGAUGAUCGUUUACCAGAAUAUUACGUAUGCGGAAAAAUUUCGACUCUUCAGAUCGUUGUUGGUUCUCUUUUACUGGGAGCAAUAGUUCUGGUAGUAGGUUUGGUCCAGUUAACUCCAAAUGCCGCUGAUGCGGACCACAGGUACUUCUUUUUAGGCACAGGGUCGGCGUUACUCCUUCUGGGACUUAUAAUGACAGGAGUGCGAUGCUGCUGUAUGCAUUGCCCAGAUAGUGGAGUUGAAGUCGAAGAAGAAGAUAGGCCGCCUGAGUUGGAAGCCGUCAACAGUAUAGACGUUCUCGUUCAAAGAAGAGAUACGCAGUUAACAUCUCCAUCAGAAUUGGACGCAUUAAUAAGUGAUUCACAGCCACAAGAAUCGAUUAAAGAAACGAGCUGCUGUCAGGAUGUUUAGUGACUAAAAACCUAAAGAACAUUUUUGUAAAAUGCAGAAAAAUGCCUUAAUCUUUCUACAUUCUGCUUGCAAAUCGCUUGGCGUGGCUUUGUGUGAUCAACAAAGUUCCAAACGAACUACACAACAAAGAAAUUGAACGAACCUUAUCCAAACGUUUGUUUCUAACUUUAGCCUCACCAACACUUGAAACUCUCAAAUUUUUCGACAUUCUUCAAUGCUUUUUUGUAUUUUUGUACUGCAGGAUGGGCAAGUUUGCUUCAUCUGAAAACUUUGUACGCUUUAUACGUAAAACAAGGCAGUAGCGUAAACCGCCAUGACGCUACCGUCUUUUGUUACAGAUUCCCGUUCAGUUCAGUUGGUUCAUACAAUACAGAAAUGACAUUUCAAGCUCACUUUACUUUCUAAACAAUAGUUAUACGUUGGGAGCUUUCCAACAAGCGUAUUUUAUAGGAUUUGUAGUUUAGGAAUUACUCUUUUAAAGAGUUGCACAAUUUGAAUUACCUAUAAGCCUUUUUAAUACACAAGAUACCGUAAAUUAAACAUAUUAUUUGUUUUAUACGUAAAUGAAUGCGCUCUAGAAAACUGUCAUUUAUGUACAAUAUGAAUAAAAUAGAGAAUAGGUUAUGUCAAGUAAUAUACCUAGUCGAUAUUAAUUAUUGAUUAAAAUGUUUGGGUCACCUACUGAACAAAUCUCAAAUUAUGGUGUUGCCUCAAGCACAACUUUAUGUAACCUGAUGGAAGGCUCCCACAGAUUAAUGAAUAAAUAAUAAAGUCAAUCGAUUUGUCUACUCCGUACAUCUUAGUCCUUUAUGGGCUUUUUUACAAGUUUUGUUAAAUUCUGUUACAUGACUUCAGAAAAAAGUAUUUUGAGAUUCUUCCUUUAGGCAGCUACCUAUCUAAUUUCGUUAACAUUAUUAUAAGUAGGUACUGUACUUAUGUCUUCAAAGUUAAGUGCCAAAAAUUCAACAUCCUUCCGCGCAUCCAUAGAUCUAUGACUGUAAGCGAGGCUCAAAUUUAAUAACAAAUUUGGACGUUUAUUAUAAACAUCGGUAUUGUUAUAUGUAUAUACUUAUUUAUAAAACUACACUCUUGUGUCUAAUCCAAUAUAGUUUGUUUUUAAAACCACAGUGAACGGAAAAACAGUCAAAUGAAGUUUUUGAAUUAUCAUCACUAAGUUCAUUUGGAAUUCAAAUUAUAUUAUCUUCGUCUAACCUUAACUCCAACAUCCAACUACUGUUGUUAUAUAGCAGUAUCCGUCCAUUGAAGUAUUUAAGGUCGUCAGUCCUAAGACUGGUUGGACACGCACC